AUGAUGAAUAAAAUUUAUGAAUGGAUAGAAACUAGUGUUGCCAGUUUUCGAAACGGUGUCCUCGCAGCACAACCCGCAGAUGCUCUAAAUGCAUCUGGAAAUAUUCAAAGGAGACGGAAAAGACCGAUUGGAUGUGUAGACCAUCCUCACGCUAAUAUCAACGAGGACUCGCAUGGCUUAGCACUAAAAAGGUCCCGCAUGGGAGAUAUUUUCGAUUCCGUGAAAAUCGCUGCUCAAGGUGUCAAGAGUCAUGGCUCCAGUGUUGCAGCAUGGAUGAAGAUGAACAUCAGACCUACUUCAAAAGAGGUGGCUCCUGCUACACCUGCACUUCCACUGAGAGAAGCUGUUCCAACACCCUCAGUGACAUCUUCUGUUGUCUGGGCAAGUAAACGAGAUUUGGAAAACAAUUCACUGGAUAAGACUUUUGCUGCUCCUUCUACAACAAUGGAGUGGAAAUCAUCUAAAACCGAACUGUACAGACAAGAAAAGUUCUAUUCUGGAUCAAAAGUGUGCAGACGACAGACGUGCUUGAGUACUCCACACCGGGAAGGACUGAAAACAAAUGGGCACUCUGUCAAUAUGGUACCCUCAAAGACUCCCAGAGCACAUUCCACUCCUCGUUUAGGGAGACCUCUCAACAUCAGACCUCAAGGAAUACUGAAUGGAAUGAGUGCCUCAAGCCCAUGUACCUCUACAUAUGAAAAUACUUUUCCAAUCAAAGUUGUGCAAGGUCCAACAAACAUUUCUUCAUCUGGGCGCAUUCAGCGGGCAAAGCCUCACUGCACUGCACAAGAGUCAAUCUGUGAAGAAGAAAAGGAGAUCUAUCGUCAGCUUUUGUCCAUUGUAUCAGGUGGCCAGUCAGCCUGUCACACUGGCAACUCUCACGCCAUCCUGCGGUCCCAUCGAGAUUUCACAAGUUUUCUGAGUAGCAGCCGGAGAUUGCUUCAGAGUUCUUCAUCCCCUGUAUCCAUUGAAGGAGAAAUGUCAGACGAACCAAGCAAUCCCCCUAGUCCCAGAGACGUGCCAAGCCAGAGUUCUAGUAACCUCCACAGCCCCGUCAAUGCCCCAAGCAAAACGGCAAACAUCUGGCUCAUGGACAAUGACUUCAGGUUCACAAACGCAAUAACCCGUACAUCGCCGUCACCAUCUACCGUUCAGGAUAGCAGCUCUCAGGACACACAGUCAUCAGCUCCUGAUGGUGAUUCUGUAAUUAUUGUAAAAGAAGAAAAGGCCAAAAUAAAAGACAAUGCCAGGUUACCUUGCUUUCAAGCAGAAUUAUGGAUUAAGGAAUUAACUAGUAUGUAUGAUUCUCGCUCAAGAGAAAGACGGAGACAGAUUGAGGAACAGGAAGCGCUAGCAGCACAACUCCUUCGGCAGCGACUUAAUGAAGAGGAGCCUUACAGUUCACAUGUGGAAGUACAUGUAAGGGUCCCUUUGGAAAAAGAAGUACCUCUAGCUACAGUUGCAGAAGAACCAAAACAAGUGGACGAAAUUCCUGAAUUUCCAGAGCUCACGGACGAAAUGGAGGCAGAAAUCAACAGGGUGUUAAGGAGUAGUAAUCCACAUGAAGUUUUAAGUGAAGGUUUUGGCCUCAGCCUCACACGGAAGGAUCUGCAGACCCUCAGUAAUCUAAACUGGCUCAAUGAUGAGGUCAUCAAUUUCUACAUGAACCUUUUGGUGGAGCGCAGUAAAGACCCAGCUCUGCCUUCUGUCAACACAUUCAACACCUUUUUCUUUCCAAAACUACGAAGCAGUGGUUAUUCUGCUGUUAGACGUUGGACAAAAAGGAUGGAUAUUUUUUCGAAAGAUAUCUUACUUGUACCUGUCCACCUGGGAGUACACUGGUGUCUUUCUGUUGUGGAUUUUCGUAAAAAAAAUGUGUUGUAUUUCGACUCGAUGGGAGGGAAUAAUGAUGAAGCUUGUAGAAUUUUGUUUGAGUAUCUGCAGCAGGAGAGCAAGGACAAGAAGGGAAAAGAAAUGGAUACCUCAGGCUGGAGUCUACACAGCAAAAAGCGUAAUGAGAUUCCACAGCAGAUGAAUGGGAGUGAUUGUGGGAUGUUCACUUGCAAAUAUGCAGAUUACAUCACUAAAGACAAGUCCAUCACAUUCACACAGAAACACAUGCCAUACUUCAGACGGAGGAUGGUCUGGGAGAUUGUUAACCACAAACUGUUGUGA